AUGGCGGAACCAACCAAUACACCAGUGCCAGCUUCUACACCGCGGGCUACAUCUCCUGCUCCUCAGUUACCCUUUUCACAUUCGGCAUCGUCUCUAUCAGCAAAACUGACAAUGCCUACUUCAAAACCCAGGGUUCUUCACAUUGGAGAUCCUAUCAAAUACAACCCUGAGACUUAUCUCCGUUUUAGUAUUCAAUGCGAGAUUGUGAGACCUUCGACCGAGGAGCGCCAGCGCACAGAGUUCAUCAAGGGUCUCAAGGAAAAACGAUGGGGCGACUUUGAUGCUAUCUUUCGUCCAUUUUGGGGAACUGGCGGUGAAAUGGGGAAAUGGGAUGAUGAGUUGAUCAGUCUUCUGCCUCAGAGUGUCAAGGUGUUUGCAAGUGCCGGCGCUGGCUUCGACUGGGCUGAUACGAAGCUGUUGGGCGAACGAGGGAUUGUCUACUGCAACUCUGGUCUUGCAGCUGCUGAAGCCGUAGCUGACUUUGCCAUGGCUGGUAUCAUCUCUACUUUUCGGGUCCUGCCAUGGUGUAUUUCAUCAGCAAUGUCCGGCAAUGAAGAUGCAUUCAGCACAAACCACCGCGACGCUACUAUGCAGUCGUAUAACCUUCGCGAUCGAGCCCUUGGUCUCGUUGGAUUCGGUAAUAUCGGCCAGCAAAUCGCCACACGCGCCCACCAUGGUUUCGGCAUGAAUAUUCAUUACUAUGACAUACUUCCUAAGCCUUCUUCUGUCGUUGCUCCACUAAGAGCCACCCACCAUGAGACGCUUGAGAGUCUCCUUGCUCGGUGUGAUUGUGUUGUGCUGUGCACACCUGCUGGCGAAGGGACUAUAAUCAAUGCAACUACAUUGCCACUGUUCAAGUACGGUGCACGAUUCGUCAACAUUGCUCGAGGUAGUCUUGUGGACGAAGAGGCUUUGGCCGUAGCGUUACGAGAAGGUACCUUGUCCAGCGCAGCUCUUGAUGUUCACACAAAUGAACCAAAGAUAAACCCCGAACUCUUGAAGCUUGCGAAACAAGGUCGUGUGCUGUUGACUUGCCACAACGCUGGUGGGACUGUCGAUACGCACAAGGGGUUCGAAGAGUUGAGCAUGCGAAACAUCAUGGCUGUACUGGCUGGCGGCGAGGCCAUCACACCUGUGAAUCUGCAAUUUCUGAAGUGA